CUAUCGAUCUGACCUGACAUGGGCACCUCCGCUGGUUUGACCCUUGACCUGGAGCAUACAAACUAAACUAAAUUUCCCGUCGGAUCGCCGAACGUCGUGUCGAGGAAGAAGGUACAAUGGGCGAGAACGAAGAGAAGCAGACUGCUCCCGCCAUCCCAGCAUGGCAGCGCGAUCGCGAUGGCGAUCUCGACCAAGAGAAGCCCGGGGAGACACCUUCACCAGUUCCGGACACCACAACCAUGGACGUCGCGCGCCGCUUUCUACAAGACGAUCAGAUCAAGAACACAAGUCGGGAACACAAAGCCGACUUCUUGAGGACAAAAGGUCUCCCUGAAGAGGAUAUCGAGAAACUCCUAGACGAAGUGGAAGCUAGCCAUGAUGACCGACCUCCCCCAGAACCUACCCCUAAAAGCAUACCAGACGCCCCUUCAAAACAACAAGACGACACCGCAUCCACCCCCCAGAGCGACCAACCUCCCAUCAUAACCUACCCCGAAUUUCUCGCCAAGCCCCCUCGCCCUCCGCCCCUCGUCACUGCCACCGGCGUCUUCAACACCCUCUACGCCUUUGCCGGCCUCUCCACCCUCCUCUACGGCACCUCCAAAUCCGUUGUCGCCCCCAUGGUCGAGAGCUUGACCGAAGCUCGUACCGACUUGCACGAAACCACCUCCCGCAAGCUCAGCUCCCUGGUCAAUCUGCUCGAGCGCACCGUCUCCGAGAUCCCACCCACCAUUUCCGCCGCCGCCGGCAGCAGCAGCAGCAGCAGCAACACCAAAGCAGCAGCCAGAGACGCCGAAGACAGCGACGACGACGCCGACGACCCGACAGAACUCUUCCACCGCGACGUCGGCGUCCAGACAUCCCCAUCCCUGCCGCCGAGUCCCAGGCUAGGAGAACACCUCCACCCCAGCGGCGCCGCCUCUUCUUCCUCCGAAUCCGCCAUCGCCCAGCAGACCCGCAAGCUCGGGACCUUGAUCGACUCGCUCCGUGGCAUCAAGGACACCUACGUCUUCCAGAGCGAGGACCUCGCCGACGUGAAAACCGUCCUGGACACCCUGAAGGACGAUCUGAAUCAGAUCACCUAUCCCGGGGGCCAGGCCGACUUUGUCGGCUCCUACUCGCUGUAUGGUUCCUACGGAGGCCGCCGGGCUGAACCCGAAGACGAGAUCAAGAAAGCCAGGGAUAGCAUAAGGCGCAUCAAGGGGGUCAUGCUUAGUACCAGGAGCUUUCCUAUUUCGACGAGGUAGUGAAGCGGUGGUUGCCAUGUCGGAAAGAGAGAGGUGCCGUCCGUACAUGAAUGAGAAUAUUGGCCCCAGUUGUACUCAUAGUUUCCUGAUACCCGCAUCACAUGUUCAGGCUUUCUAGGAUGUCGGUCUUCUUCCCCUUGUUUGUCUGCAGCUUCGCUCCAUGAUGAGAAACCACGACGAGAACUGUCCUGCGUUGACUGAUGGUACAUAUCAUUUGUGUUAAUAGGUGACCUGUGUUGGUUGUAUAUUCUCCAAGAUAGCGUCGCGAGAGGC